AUGCAAGAACUUUUCGCGUCAAAACGCCUGAAAACGCGGUGUGCCAUGGGGACGCCCGCGGAGUUUCAUUGCUUUCAGGCCUUCACAGCUCCCGAUGACUUGUAUGAGCUACCAUUGGAGGAGCGGCGGAAGACCAUCAAGCAGUUAACGAAGGCAACCGGCCCAGAAGGUUUUCCACCCAGGUCUUUGACAGCACAGGCCUCCAUGAGCUGGUCAGAGGAGCUAUUUGUCAUGGCGGUCUUCUUCGUUAUCAUGGGAGGCCCACUCUUUAUGUUCUUUGGCGGCGUUGCAGUGCUGCUCUUGGGCACUUGGCCUAUGAGAGCGGCAUUCGCUGUGCUGUCUGCAUUUCUUGCGCUACAUCCAUUGCCAGGGAGGGCUUUCAACAAGAUGCUGCACACAUCAAACUUUACCAAGCUCUUGUUCAAGUACUUCUCCUACCGCUUCGUUUGGUGCGACGACUUCUCGGACGUGGCUUUCCAAACGAAGCCCUGGAUCGGGGCAGGGCCGCCCCAUGGCGUCUUCCCCUUGGCCAACCUCUUGAGCAUUCCAGCCAUCAACGACUUCUUGGGUUGCCCCUUCGUGGGCGCCGCGGCCUCCGUGGUCUUCGUGACUCCUUGGUUGCGAUACAUGACCUUGUAUGGUGUGGUGCCAGUGGACCGCAAGUCAAUCGAGAAGGCGAUGGCGCAGGGACAUUGUGUUGGCAUUGUCCCUGACGGUGUGGCGGGCAUCUUCAAAACGAAUGGUCACAAGGAGCUGUUGGCCAUGAAGGACCGCAAAGGCAUCGCGCGAUUGGCACUACGCACGGGCAUGCCCAUCAUGCCAGCGUACUCCUUCGGAAACACCACAGCCUUCUCCUGUUGGUAUGACUCCUUCGGCAUUUUGGAAUCGAUCUCCCGAAAGGCGCAGGCCUCGAUGUUUCUCUUCUGGGGCCGAUUUGGGCUGCCGAUCCCUCGGAGGACUCAGGUGACCAUGGCCUUCGGCCGGGCCAUCGAGGUGUCCAAGGUUGAAAAUCCCACAGAGGAGCAGAUCGAUGAGGUGCACCAGAAAUUCCUCCAGGCCACGAAGCAGAUGUUUGAUUUGCACAAAGCAUCCUUGGGAUGGGGUGACAAGGAGAUGGAGUUCGUUUGA